UUCAAAUGGAUACAUCAUAGGUACUGUACAGUUGCAAGUCUUCGGCAUUGAGUGAGUGAGCUAGCACGCAGCCGCCGCCGAACAUGAACUGGCAGAUCACGCUCAAGGACAAGGUGAUUGCCAUCACGGGCGCAAACCGCGGCAUCGGCCUCGGCAUCGCCGAAGUCUGCCUCGCCAACCAAGCCCUCGCAAUCUACUCGCUCGACACGGCCGCCCCGAGCGCCGACUUCCUCGCCCUGCAGGCCCGCUCCCCGCCCAACGCGCUGCAGCACAUCACGGCGGACGUGACGAGCGAGGCCUCCAUCGCCGCCGCCCUCGACGCCAUCAUCGCCGCACACGGCGCCCUGCACGGCCUCGUCGCCAACGCCGGCAUCACGCAGCACCAGCCCGCCCUCGCCUUCACCCAAGCCGACAUCGACCGCCUCUUCGGCGUCAACGUCUUCGGCGCCCUCAGCUGCGCCCGCCUCGCGGCGCGCAAAUUCAUCUCCCUGGGGAUCAAAGGCGCCAUCGUCUUCACCGCGAGCAUGACGAGCUACCGCCCGAACCGCGCCGCGCCCUCGGCCCCGUACGGCGCCACCAAGGCCGCGCUCCGGAACAUGGCGCACACGCUGGCCAUGGAGUGGGCGCCGCAUGGCAUUCGCGUCAAUUCUGUGAGCCCUGGGUUCGUGCGGACCGCCAUGACUUAUUUUGUCGAUCAGAGCCCCGACUGGGAUGCCAAGAUGCGGUAUUAUGGCGGCAUGCCGCGCCUCGCUAUGCCCCAGGAGCUGGGCGGCGCCUAUGUUUACCUGCUGAGCGAUGUCGCGAGCUAUACCACUGGCAUUGAUAUCCCGGUCGCUGGCAUCGUGGGCGCGUGGUAGGCUGUAGUUAUAGCCGAGGAAGCUUUCGAUGGGUCGGUCCCUUUAAGACGUUUGCUGGCCACUUGGUUCGGUUCGGUGCCAUAGUUAUGCAACUCAGGUCUUCCAAUGUGUGUUGAUUGACUGGGUAUCUUCUCUUCCCCCUCCCUCCACUCCUUGGACCUUCCUCCUCUUUUUCUUUUCCCACUCACCCUCUAGAUAACAACCCUCUCAAAGCUGUACUUGCCCACCCGCAUACUAAUCUGCCUGCCAAUAUCCCGCUUGCUCAGCUGCUUGACCUCGCCCG